AACCUCUCCUUUGCUUUUGUCGAAUGUUUCCCGUUGACAAGGUGUCCAACAUGUCUCCUGUAAGGUUGCUUUUAACUUGUCUAUUCUGUGGAGAGGCUCUUGCACUGUCAGGGAGGUUUUGGCAUAUCACGGAUUUGCACUGGGACCCGACGUACAAACUAACGGAUAACCCGGAGCUAGUGUGCGCAUCCAGCGGUAAACGUCCAGCGCUCAGUGCUGGUAAAUUUGGAGCCUAUGCCUGUGACGCGCCAUGGCACCUGAUCAACUCCUCGGUCUACGCCAUGAAGAGGAUUCUGCCAGAUCCAGACUUCAUUGUGUGGACAGGAGAUGACACCCCGCAUGUCCCAAAUGAGGAUCUAGGAGAAGAGAAGGUGAUCAACAUCAUUGGCAAUCUCACUCAGAUCAUAACUGAGGUGUUUCCAAAUACAAAAGUGUACUCUGCACUGGGGAACCAUGACUACCACCCCAAGAGUCAACUUCCUCCAGGCCCAAACUCCAUCUAUGACAAAAUAGCAGAAAUGUGGCGUGGUUGGCUGGAGGCAGACUCCAAAGAAACAUUUAAAAACGGUGGAUAUUACACAGAAAAACUCCUGAACCGAGCAGGUUACAGAGUGUUGGUCCUCAACACCAACCUCUACUACUAUCAGAACAAGGUGACCAUGAAUGAUGAAGAUCCAGCAGGUCAGUUUAGCUGGUUGGAUCAGACCCUUACAGCAGCCAGCAACAACAAAGAGAAGGUCUACAUCAUUGGUCAUGUUCCUCCAGGUUUCUUUGAGAAGAAAAGAAGUAUAUCAUGGUUCACACAAAAGUUCAACACGAAAUAUUUGGAACUGAUUCAGAAGCAUCAUUCGGUUAUAAUCGGGCAGUUCUUUGGCCAUCAUCAUACUGACAGCUUUCGCAUGUUCUACACCACAAAAGGCUUGCCCAUAAGUGCAAUGUUUCUGAGCCCAGGCAUCACACCAUGGGAAACAACACUUCCUGGUGUCAAGGACGGAGCUAACAACCCUGGGAUUCGUGUUUUUGAAUAUGACACUGAAACAUUGCUAGUGAAAGAUGUGGUGACAUAUUAUCUGAACCUCACACACGCCAAUGCAGACGCAGAACGCUGGGAGAAAGAGUACCGUCUGACAGAGAGCUUCAGAGUACCCGAUGCUUCUCCAGGCUCCAUGCACCAGGUUCUGGAACGCAUGGCGGCUGAUCGCUGCUACCUGCAGAAGUACUAUGAGUUCAACUCUGUCAGCUAUGACCUGACAGAGUGUGACGGCGACUGCCGUGUUGAUCAUGUAUGUGCAGCAAGAGAAGUAGACUUUAAGAGGUAUGAGCAAUGUCUGUUGAAGGAAGGAGCCGUUUCUAUUUAUGGAGGGCUGCUGCUGGUUGUUUCUAUGGCAGCAACUGUGUUGGUCGCUGGGUGAUAGAGAUGAUCAGCAUCGCAGUUUGUUUCUAAGACAUUUAGAGGUGCAUUUAAAUUAAUUUUAAUAUUAUUAAAAAGCUUAUUUAUUUCAGGCAUUCAAUCCAAAAAAUGCAUAAACAGAUUUAUCACAAAUGAUGUUUCAGAUGUUUAUUUUUGUUAAUUUUUAUGAUUAUGGGUAAUCAGUUCCUCUAAAAGUAAUAACUGUACAUAACAUAAAAAUUAUUUACAUAUAUAAAAAUAUGCUGUCUCUAUAUCAUGGCCUACACAAUGAAGAAGAAAACUGCGGAAGCUCGGUCACCCUCAGUAACGAAGGUAAUACACAUAAGUUAACUGCUAACGAAGCUGGCUUUUCACAGAGAAUUGUGUCCAUCAAUAUUAAUGGAGAAUUAAGUGUUCAUUUAUUUUAAUGCAUAUAUAAGUUGAUGAGCUGAAUUUAAUGUGGCACACUUUACUGGAAGAUAGUUUGUGCUGCAAAGUCAUGCAGCAAUAGCUUCAGGAGGCAAAGAACAUCAAACUGUAUGUUACACACCUAAAAUAAAAGCUGAGAAAACACCUUAGUUCAUAGAGCAACAGAUAUUGGAGACUCCAGAAUAACAGCACCCAUAUAUAACAGUGACAGGUCUCUGUUGACAUUUCUUGUAAACGUCUAAUGUAGAAGUGGUUUCAGGUUUUCACUUACACAUUAAAAAAAUAUUGUAAUUGACAUUCAGCUUAAAUUAGACUGUGCAUAACAAUUGUAUUCUCAUAACUCAAAACUUUGAAGGAAGUUAUGGUAAAUGUUUUCUCCACUGAAACUGUUAUUUAAAUGGAGAGAUAAAGACAACAAAAAAAACCACCUCACUGCACUUUUAUUUCUGCAGCAAUAAAUACACUUCCUGAUAACA